CGGCUCCGGGAGGCGACCAAUGAAUACCCUCGGGGGAAGCGGCGAGGCCAAUAUGGCUUCCCGCACCUGGUGACGGUAGAAGAAACCGUGUUAGGUCUCAUGGAGAAGCCCCGGGGCGUUGAGGAGACUCCUUCUUCAGAACCAAUGGAAGAAGAAGAGGAAGAGGAAGACUUGGAGCUCUUUGGUGGCUACGACAGUUUCCGGAGCUACAACAGCAGUGCGGGCAGUGAGAGCAGCUCUUAUCUGGAGGAGUCAAGUGAAGCAGAGAAUGAGGAGAGGGAAGCAGGAGAGUUGCCCACCUCCCCGCUGCAGCUGCUCAGCCCUGGGACUCCCCGCUCCUUGGACGGCAGUGGUUCUGAGCCAGCUGUCUGUGAGAUGUGCGGUAUCGUGGGUACAAGGGAAGCCUUCUUCUCCAAGACCAAGAGAUUCUGCAGUGUCUCCUGUUCCAGGAGCUACUCCUCCAACUCCAAGAAAGCCAGUAUCCUGGCCAGAUUACAGGGAAAACCACCUACCAAGAAAGCCAAAGUCCUGCACAAGGCUGCCUGGUCUGCCAAAAUCGGAGCCUUCCUCCACUCUCAAGGGACGGGACAGCUCGCAGAUGGGACACCAACAGGGCAAGACGCGCUGGUCUUGGGUUUCGACUGGGGAAAGUUCCUGAAGGAUCACAGUUACAAGGCUGCUCCUGUCAGCUGUUUUAAACACGUCCCGCUCUACGACCAGUGGGAAGAUGUGAUGAAGGGGAUGAAGGUGGAGGUGCUCAACAGUGACGCCGUGCUCCCCAGCCGGGUGUACUGGAUCGCCUCUGUCAUCCAGACAGCAGGGUACCGAGUGCUGCUCCGGUACGAAGGCUUUGAGAAUGACGCCAGCCACGACUUCUGGUGCAACCUGGGAACUGUGGAUGUCCACCCCAUCGGCUGGUGUGCCAUCAACAGCAAGAUCCUGGUGCCGCCACGGACCAUCCAUGCCAAGUUCACCGACUGGAAGGGCUACCUCAUGAAACGGCUGGUGGGCUCCAGGACGCUCCCCGUGGACUUCCACAUCAAGAUGGUGGAGAGCAUGAAGUACCCGUUUCGGCAAGGCAUGCGGCUGGAGGUGGUAGACAAGUCCCAGGUGUCGCGGACCCGCAUGGCCGUGGUGGACACGGUAAUUGGGGGUCGCCUACGGCUCCUCUACGAGGAUGGCGACAGUGACGACGACUUCUGGUGCCACAUGUGGAGCCCCCUGAUCCAUCCAGUGGGUUGGUCACGGCGUGUUGGCCAUGGCAUCAAGCUGUCAGAGAGGCGCAGCGACAUGGCCCACCAUCCCACCUUCCGGAAAAUCUACUGUGAUGCUGUUCCGUACCUGUUCAAGAAGGUUCGAGCUGUGUACACGGAAGGCGGUUGGUUCGAGGAGGGGAUGAAACUGGAAGCUAUUGAUCCACUGAAUCUGGGCAACAUCUGCGUGGCGACCAUCUGCAAGGUUCUCCUGGAUGGCUACCUGAUGAUCUGUGUGGAUGGGGGACCCUCCACAGACGGCUCGGACUGGUUCUGUUACCACGCCUCCUCCCACGCCAUCUUCCCUGCCACCUUCUGCCAAAAGAAUGACAUUGAGCUCACACCCCCGAAAGGGUGUGAGGCACAAACUUUCAACUGGGACAGCUACCUGGAGAAGACCAAGUCAAAAGCAGCCCCGUCGAGGCUCUUUAACAUGGACUGCCCCAACCAUGGCUUCAAAGUGGGCAUGAAGCUGGAGGCCGUGGACCUCAUGGAGCCACGGCUCAUCUGCGUGGCCACAGUGAAGCGGGUGGUGCAUCGGCUCCUCAGCAUCCACUUCGAUGGCUGGGACAACGAGUAUGACCAAUGGGUGGACUGUGAGUCCCCAGACAUCUAUCCUGUUGGCUGGUGUGAGCUCACCGGCUACCAGCUCCAGCCACCCGUGUCCACAGAGCCAACCACACCUCUGAAGACCAAAGAGGCCACGAAGAAGAAGAAGAAGCAGUUCGGGAAGAAACGGAAAAGAAUACCGCCCACCAAGACCCGGCCCUUGAGACAGGGGUCCAAGAGGGCCUUGCUGGAUGAGGACCUGCAGGCGGCAGAGAAGACGUCGUCGGAGCCCGCUCCUGAUGAGAUCAUCGCUGUGCGCGUGAAGGAAGAGCACGUGGACAUGUCCACGCCUGACAAGGCCUCGAGUCCAGAGCUGCCUGUCUCCAUUGAGAACAUCAAACAGGAGACAGACUAAGCCUUCCCUGCUGCCAGCAUGGCCACCCAGCUGGAAGCUACUCCAGGCCUCCUCUUGCCACCGCCCCUCCACCCCACUGUAGCUUGGACACUGAGUCUUUUUGCAUAAAUUCUGCUUGGUGCUUUGAGGGCCAGGCACUGGAGGCCCAGCCGGGGUCUCCUCUGACCCACGCUGUGGCCUCUGCCCUCCUCCCUGGCAAGGCCUAGUGACUGGGGCUGUCUGAGCGCACCGCCCCCCACACUUGUCUGAGCAGCUCCCCCUCCAGCUAGAAUUCCUUAGGCUGCCUCCCUCUACGCCCCUCAGUGUCGGCGUGGGGGGCUAUUCCUCACUCACACUGUAAGUGUGUGUGUGUGCGUGUGCGCGCGCACGCACGCACAUCAGCAUGCGCCUGGUCAUAAUGGCCUGCAGCCGCUCUCUCGAAGAGACGGUGAUGGGUGUGAUGGGUGCAGCCUCUACCUAAAAGCCACCUCUUUCCCCUCCUGGGUUGGUACUCUGCUCCUUCUAGCUCCCUAGGGGGGUUGGGGGGACCCAUGCAGGCACCCAGCUCUGGCAGGGAGCUGAGAAGCAAUGAUCAGGAUGUGGGUUUAUUUCGGUGACUCGUGAGGUGGCCUUGACCUGCGCUCUGUUGACAUGAGCAAACUCCCAUUUUUAAAGGGAACAGUGGAGCAGAGGUGGGGUCUGUCCCUUGGGUUGGGCUUGCAGGGGCCUAAAGAGGGAAGACCACACCCACCCCUGUGCCACGUGGCAGCAGGACUGGAGGGUGAGCUUGGCUGGGGUGUGGCCGAGACCCCAGCUGAGAGGGAGACUCACCAGCAUUGAGCUUCACCUGCACUAGAGGCUGCUUGGCUCGGCCUGUCCUUUUCACUCCCCCUAACCAGGGUCAGUUACAGCCCUGCCAGACAGUCGCAGAGCUGCGACCUGGAGUGGUCAGCCCUGCUGGCCAAGGCGGCCCUGCAGGAGCUGGAGGAAGAGAAAAGGCAGCAGGACACACUUCCUGACUGCACGUCCGUAACUCAACCUGGAUUGUCCCUGCUCCUCUGAAAUUACAUUCCAGAAGUUCACCUAGUGUCUGCCCAAAUUACAGCUUUUCUUUUUUCCAGUCUCCAUUGAAA